AUGUCCAAGCAACAAAAUCUACGUUCGAUCUUUAAGCACUUUAUUGCCCGUGAGCAAGCUGAAGGUGUUGGUGCCAGAGUUAGAAGAUCUAUUGGUACUAUGCUAUUGAGAAAGUUCUCUCCUUUCUUAAUGUUAGAUCAUUUCAAUGUUGCGCCAGGUGCUGGUUUCCCAGAUCAUCCUCACCAUGGUCAAGAAACUAUUACCUACGUUAAUGAAGGUAUGAUUGCUCAUGAAGAUUUCACAGGUUGUAAAGGUGUCUUAUAUAAGGGUGACUUACAAUUCAUGACUGCUGGUAAGGCUAUUUGCCAUGCUGAAAUGCCAGUUCAAUCCAACAGUGGUGAACAUGUUGUUGGUUUGCAAUUAUGGGUUGAUUUACCAACCGAUAUGAAGAACACCGAACCUCGUUACAGAGAUUUGAAGAAUAAAGAAAUUCCAAGAGCUAACCCAACUGAUGACUUGGAAGUUGAAGUUAUUUCUGGUAACUCAUAUGGUGUAGACUCUGUCAAGGACUUGGCAUACACCCCAAUUGAUUUCUACAUGUAUAGAGGUAAGAAGGCUGGUACUGAAUUUACCCAAAAUUUCUCAAGAGAUUUCAAUGUUUUUAUUUAUGUUUUACAGGGUGCCAUCACUAUUGGUGACCAAGUAUUCCCACAAUAUUCUUCAAUCUUUUUCAAUACUGAUGGUGAUGCUGUUGGUGGUACUAUCGCUGCCGAUAACACUGAGUUUGCCAUCAUUGGUGGUAAAAUCUUAGACCAACAAACUGUUCAACAUGGUCCAUUUGUUGAAGAAACUAAGGAGAAGUUGAUCAAGGUCUUCUAUGACUACCAAAGUUACAGCAAUGGUUUCGAAAGAGCCAGAAACUGGAAAUCAUCCAUCAGAGAUGGUAUUAAAGAAAAUGAUGCUCCAAAUCAUCAUAACUAA